AUGAAUUUGAUACUAAGACCAGAGAUAAAGUCGAUGCACAUUUCAUCAGAUAUCUACUUUAGAUUUGCUACAACAGUAGUGGAGACUAAAAUUCUCAACGUAAAUCAAGAAGCAUCAGAAAUAAUGUUUGAUAUGACUCUGCCAGAUUCAGCUUUUAUAACAGGCUUUACAAUGGAAAUGGCAGGAAAACGAUAUGCUGGUAAUGUCAAAGAAAAGGAGAAAGCAAAGAGACAGUUUGCGGAGGCGAAAAGUCGUGGAGAAAGUGCUGGUCACAUUGCUGCAUCUCCGAGAACUUCGAACAAGUUUAACAUACUUGUUAAUGUUGAAAAGAAUGCAUUAGUGGUAUUCAAACUGAAAUAUCAAGAAUUGCUGAGACGAACCCUUGGAUCUUAUCAUCACGUGAUUUAUGUAGAUCCUGGUCAAAUAGUGGAAGACUUUAGAAUAAAAGUUUCCAUUAGUGAAUCCAGAGAAAUCAUAGAUCUAACGAUACCACCACUGGAAGGGAAAACAACAACUGAUGUUGGUAAACUCGCUAGUAUCAAACAUAUUUCAUCAAAGAGAAUAGACAUAACAUACGCCCCAAGUGUUCAGGACCAGAAAACAAUGUCACAAGACGGUAUAUCUGGACAGUUUAAAGUAAAGUAUGAUGUUUCCAGGGAUAAAGAUGCUGGAGAUUUAUUGAUAGUGAAUGGAUAUUUCGUUCACAUGUUUGCGCCAAAAGACUUUAAACCGCUGUCGAAAGACGUAAUGUUUGUGUUAGACAAAAGCGGAAGUAUGUCAGGUAGAAAAAUGAUUCAACUGAAAGAAGCGAUGAAACUAAUAAUGCAGGAUAUGAAACCGGAAGACAUGUUAAAUAUUUUGUUUUUCGACAACAAAUUUGAUUGGUUAAGCAAAUCUGACAUGUUACAAGGAACAAAAGUAAAUUUUGGUAAAGCAGAGAGAUUUAUAGACGCCACUACUAGUAGUGGAAGUACCAACAUUAACAAAGCAGUAACAGAUGGAAUAAAAUUACUAACUAAAUACCUUGAUACGCAAAAGUCAACUAUCUUAAUGUUUCUAACAGAUGGACUUCCAACUUCAGGGGUAACAAAACCUGUUUCAAUUUUACAAAAUGUAAAAAAAGCCAAUGAAGCCAGAAUUCCCAUUUUUAGCUUAGGUUUCGGAAAUAAUGUGGAUUUCGACUUUUUGAAACAAAUGUCUUUACAAAAUAAUGGAUUCGCACGACGAAUAUAUGAAGAUUCGGAUGCUGUUUUGCAGAUUAAGGGAUUAUAUUCUGAAAUUUCAUCGGCUUUGUUGACAAAUGUCACGUUUAAUUAUGUUGGUGACAUUGAUAUGAAUACACUUACCCAGAACCACUAUCAGUAUUACUUUGGCGGUUCCGAAUUGGUAGUUGCAGGGCAAAUGAGAUCUAAAGGUUCUAGCAUUGUACCCAGUGUUAAAGGUUGGAAUAAUGGAUACACAGACUUACUUUGGAAACGAAGACCAGUUCCUGAACUGAAGGCAAUAACCAAUGAUGCUGAUCUAUCAAUGAUAACAGAAAAAAUGUGGGCAUAUCUCACAAUAAAGCAGUUGCUAAGAGAUAUCGAGGGUGACAUAACAAGUACGAAAAAGGACAAAAUUAAAGCUAAAAUCAUAUCCUUGGCAAUAAAGGUAUGUUUAUAUUACAAUUCGAUCGACGCUUCAAAUAUUCAAAUGGUACGACAAUCUAUUGACAUACUUCGCCAUGUAAAUUCUGAUGGUUGGAAAAGUAAAUUGAAUUUUCUGAGCUUUGGUGGCAAUAAUUUUGUUGGCGGAAACAGUGGUUGUGGCGGAGGUGGAGGCGGUGGCUGCGGUGGUGGAGGAGGAGGUGGUGGAGGUAGAAUUGGCGGCGGUGGUGGUGGCGGCGGUGGAGGAGCAUCAGGAAGUGGUAUCUAUUUUGCUAUUAUCUCUUACUAUUUCAAUGUGUAA